UGUAGGUCUACGAGGAGGGGCUAUAAAACCCGCGGGUGAGCUUUGCAGCCACCCUCUGGGGAGAGGCAACCGCCGUACGCAGCACUUGAGACCCAUCUGUCCCUGCCACCAGCGAACCAUGGGGCUCAGCGACCAGGAGUGGCAACAAGUCCUCACCAUCUGGGGAAAAGUGGAGGCCGACAUUGCUGGCCAUGGACACGAGGUUCUGAUGAGACUUUUCCAUGACCACCCUGAGACUUUGGAUCGCUUUGAUAAGUUCAAAGGCCUGAAGACCCCUGAUCAGAUGAAGGCCUCUGAAGAUCUGAAAAAACAUGGAGCUACCGUCCUCACCCAGCUUGGCAAAAUCCUGAAGCAGAAGGGUAAUCAUGAGUCAGAGCUGAAACCCCUGGCUCAAACCCAUGCCACGAAGCACAAAAUCCCAGUAAAAUAUCUGGAGUUCAUUUCUGAAGUCAUUAUCAAGGUCAUUGCUGAAAAACACGCUGCAGACUUUGGGGCCGAUUCCCAGGCUGCGAUGAAGAAGGCUCUGGAGCUGUUCCGAAAUGACAUGGCCAGCAAGUACAAGGAGUUUGGUUUCCAGGGUUAGCAUGUAUGCAGAAGGACACCACGAUGGAGGCCUGGCCGUGCAUCUCAGAGUAGCUUCCCCAGCACUACUCUGGACAUCUUCCAACUGGCCGUCCACGAUGCGUGGGAAUGCUUGAAUGAGAGGCUAAGAGUCACCCUAGGCAGCACAGAGGCACUCAGAGUGAUGUCCAUGAUAAAUUGUUGUCCUUCCCUGGCUUCAUGUAUGCAAAAGAAAUAAUCUGUUUUCUUAGGAAAAAUAAUAUAAGGGGUUAUCUGUCA